AUGGAGCUCAGCGAGAUGCUCUACAACAAGUCCGAGUACAUCGAGACGGCCUCCGGCAACAAGGUCAGCCGGCAGUCUGUGCUGUGUGGCAGCCAGAACAUCGUCCUCAACGGCAAGGUGAGCGCCGGGCGGCCCCGGCCGGUGCCCCGGCACCCGGCGCUGCUCUCCCGCGGCAUCGCUGGCCUGCUGCGAGCGGCCGCUGCUCCUUUCGUCCCCGGAACAGCACCGUCCUGUCCUGUGCCUAAGCCUGGCUCUACAAUCGUUAUGAACGACUGCAUCAUCCGCGGGGACCUGGCCAACGUGCGGGUGGGACGGCACUGCGUGGUGAAGAGCCGCAGCGUCAUCAGGCCGCCCUUCAAGAAGUUCAGCAAAGGGGUGGCUUUCUUCCCUCUGCACAUUGGUGACCAUGUCUUCAUAGAAGAGGACUGUGUUGUCAACGCGGCCCAGAUCGGCUCCUAUGUGCACAUAGGCAAGAACUGUGUCAUUGGACGUAGAUGUGUUUUGAAAGACUGCUGUAAAAUCUUAGACAACACAGUACUCCCUCCUGAAACCGUGGUUCCACCUUUCACUGUCUUCUCGGGCUGCCCAGGACUCUUCUCUGGGGAGCUCCCGGAAUGCACCCAGGAACUCAUGAUUGACGUUACCAAGAGCUACUACCAGAAGUUCUUGCCACUCACUCAGGUCUAG